CCCCACAGUGUCACGCUGCUGAACUAGUUUCACUUUCACGUUGUUGGAAUCCAUUUUACUGGACGAGGGAGGAGGUGCAGCAGGAAGUGCAAUAAUUACAAAGAAAUUCUCCAAACGGACGCGGAGAAGGGCUGUAAGAAGCAGCUGGACCCCGUUUCUCAGGCGCGGAAUAGGACCAGGACCACCAUGAGCGAACCCGUGUAUCACCAGACGACCGUACCUGCUGGGCAGGAUGAGAAGAAGACCACCGGCCUGUGUGGGUCCGAUCUGGCUAAACCAAUCCUGGCACUGAAAGUCGCGCAGACGCUUUUCUCCCUCAUAGCCUUCAUUUGUGAGGAAAUUAUUGAACAUUGUGAAAGCUGUGGAGGUCUUUAUUUCUUCGAGUUUAUGAGCUGCAGUGCCUUCCUCCUGUCUUUACUCGUAAUUAUUGUUUAUUUAACUCCGCUGAGGAAUAGAGUAAACAUUGAGAGUUUCAAGAAAAUGGAUUUUUACAUUUCUGCAGCGGUUGGAGUUUUUUUUUUGAUUGCUUCAAUUGUGUUUGUAGCGACAAAGGACCCUCAUUCUAUUGGGGACGUGGCUGUGGCAUUCGGCUUUCUGGCAAGUUUAUGCUUUCUAGGGGAAGCUGGCUUAAAGUUUCGUCAAGACAGAAGCCUACUUAAAAAGAAGAGCCCUGGUAAUGCUGCAAAUGGCCCAGAAAAUGCGCCACUUAACCAACCACCAUCAACUGCAACUGCUAAUGCUUAAAAAACUUAAAUCCUUCCUAAAGGCCACUUUCCACACUCUUCAAUUACAUUUUAGAAGACUGAAUGCCUUGUAAAUAUCUUAUACUGCAGUGGAAAAUCUUAUGUAAUUGUUUUUUGUUUUUUAUAUAUAUAUAUAAAUAUAUAUAAUUGUAUUUGAAUCAAACAAACCCAAGAUAUUUAAGAAAUUCAGAGGUCGUAACGACUAUUCAUACCAACGUCUAAGUGAUGAAAAUGUGUUUUUUGGGGGGAUGGGGGGGGAAGGUCUUUUUCAAAAUUAUAGAAUCAAACUACUUUGCAAUGUACAUAUAUAAACAUGAAUUUAUGAAAAGACUAAUUACAGGCAGUUGUAAUUUUUAAUAAUUGAAACCAGUAUGAAAUGAUUUAGGUUAAAUGAUAAGGUGUGAACAAUUAAUCUAAAAACUCUGUUUUAUAUAAAACUGCUUUUGGAAACCAGUGAUCACAAAACUUUUUUAUAAUACUGAAAUCAUAUUGCAUUAGGUCUUUUGCAAUUCUAUUUUUAGGUAGAGAACGCUCCCAAAAAUAUAUAUGGUGGUGACCCAGUAAAAUCCUUGCAUCACACAUUAUCACUAGGAGUUAAAUGUAUUUGUAAAAAGACCACUUGUAGUGUAUGAUUUUCCAGUGUUCUGUAAAUUAAAAAAAAAACAAAUUCACAUACAAAUUGCCUUUACUUCUUAGGGGUAAAUAAAAAACUUUUAUCCCAUCCAAGAAGAUGUAUCUUUAAUGUUGAUGGUGAAAUUUAAUUCAUGUUGAAAUAUAUAUUCAGUUGUUGCAUUCCAUCAUUGACAAACUAGACAGGAAUUACAACCAACUUUCUGGGAUGCAUUUAUCAACUAGUGCUCCGGGCUAGUUGGGUGAAUGUAUCCUGUUUACUGCCAAAGAACUAUUAACAGCUUAAUUCUAAAGAGAAAAACACUGAAAGAAUAUUGGUUGUCGUCAUACAAAUACUACACAUUUAAUAUGUAUGUUAAACUCUUUUUCACGUCACCUGUAAAUUCAGUCUCUGUCCCAACCCAGUUAGGUAGUCCAAAAAGCUAAAUUUUGUCAGAAACCCCCAUUGGAUCAGAAAUAAAAAAAAAAAACAUCUAAAUUCAGCACUUGUGGUGUGCCUUUCUGCUUUGGUUUAAAGCAAAUUGCUCUGUAGGGCAGAGAGGCAGUGUUCAUUUUGGUGUGAAAUUUCAAUUUAGUUUUAGUCAUUGUCUUAUUGUCUAGUUUUAGUCGACUAAAUCUCCAGUAGAUUUUAGUCGCCACGACUAAAAUCUAAUGGGUUAAGCUAAAGCCUCUGUCUCUUUUGUCCCUUCCCCAGCCCCUCUGUGUCUCUUUCUGUCCUUCCAGCCCCUUUAGGUGUCUCUCUACCAAGCUCUGAUCUGUCUCUUUUGCCCCUUCCACAGGCCUUAGCGCAGUGUUAAUUUUCACGGCAAAUUUUAAUUUAGUUUUAGUCAUAGUCUUUUCACUAAGCCAUUUUAGUCACCUGAAUUGAUUUAGUUUUAGUCUAGCUUUAGUCGACAAAAUUAACACUGCAGUGAGGGACCUCCUUCACGUGGUAGGUUCUUUUGAACUACCAUGAUGCUCACAUUUGCUCUAACAAGGUUCUCCAUCACUGUUAUAGGGGAUGAUUGGAUCACUGAACUAAAUGUGCAUUAUAUAUUCUGUUGCAUUAUAAGAAAAUAUUAAGCAUUUUAUUAAAUUGCUUGAAGCUGA